UUGAAAAAGUAUAUCAUAUGAAUGAAGGUAUUAUAUUAUUAACCAUCUUUUUGGGGUAAAUAAAUUUAACCCAAACUUUUUUUUGGUGUGAAUAAAUAUUACCAACCUAUGGCCCAUUUUUGCACAUAAAGCCAAAGGUAACACACACCGCAGCAUUACCUGUGUGCCCAUAAAAUACACAAACCAAAAAGAAAAGAAUAAAAAACGAAAGAUGAACCAGCAACCUACCAGCCUGUGAUAAGCUGAAGCUCUGUUAUCUGCCCUCGCCUUACCUACCUUAAGCAGCGCAGUAGAGUAGGGGAAAUGGCGUAUAAAAGCCUGGACCGUGUCACCGUCUCCGACGUCGAAGCUCUGGGGAUCGAAUCAGAGACUGCCAAGAGACUCCAUGCAAUUCUCACUAACAUUAUCCAAAAUUACGGUCCUGCCACUCCCGACACGUGGCGCAAAAUCACUGCCCAUGUCCUCAGCCCGGAGCUUCCUUUCUCCUUCCACCAGAUGUUGUACUACGGUUGCUAUAAGGACUUCGGACCUGACCCGCCCGCCUGGCUACCCGACUCGGAGACUGCAAAUUUAACAAAUGUUGGCCAGCUACUGGAAAGGCGGGGAAAAGAGUUCUUAGGAUCUAGAUAUAAGGAUCCCAUGUCCAACUUUUCCGAUUUUCAGGAAUUUUCGGUCUCAAACCCUGAGGUUUAUUGGAAAGCUGUACUAGAUGAGAUGAAUGCAUCAUUUUCUAUACCUCCCCAAUGUAUUUUACGUGAGAACCUGUCUGGAGACGGCCAGUUAUCAGUUCCAGGAGGUCAAUGGCUUCCUGGAGCGUUUGGGAAUCCAGCAAAAAAUUGCUUGAGUUUAAAUCGUAAGAGGAGCUUGAAUGAUACGAUGGUGAUAUGGCGUGACGAAGGAAAUGAUGAUCUGCCUUUGAAUAAGAUGACACUUAAAGAAUUGCACACAGAGGUUUGGUUAGUUGCACAUGCACUGAAGGCACUGGGUUUGGAGAAGGGAUCUGCAAUCGCAAUUGAUAUGCCAAUGCAUGUGAAUUCUGUGAUUAUCUACCUAGCUAUUGUUCUGGCAGGAUAUGUCGUUGUAUCAAUUGCUGACAGUUUUGCUCCUCCUGAAAUAUCAACAAGACUUAAAAUAUCAGAGGCAAAAGCCAUAUUUACUCAGGAUCUAAUAGUUCGUGGCGAGAAAAGUAUACCCUUGUAUAGUAAAAUUGUGGCAGCACAGUCUCCUAUGGCAGUUGUUAUCCUUACAAAGGAUUCCAAUUCUAGCAUGAAAUUGCGUGAUGGUGACAUUUCCUGGCAUGAUUUUCUAGAAACAGUAAAAGAUUUCAAAGAAGAUGAAUUUGCUGCUGUAGAACAACCCAUAGAAGCAUUUACAAAUAUCCUCUUCUCAUCUGGAACUACCGGGGAGCCAAAGGCAAUCCCAUGGACCCAUGCGACUCCUUUCAAAGCUGCUGCAGAUGCCUGGUGCCACAUGGACAUCCGGAUAGGUGAUGUUGUUUCUUGGCCCACAAAUCUUGGGUGGAUGAUGGGCCCUUGGCUGGUAUAUGCUUCAUUGUUAAAUGGAGCUUCCAUUGCCCUAUAUAAUGGAUCCCCUCUUGGAUCUGGUUUUCCCAAGUUUGUUCAGGACGCCAAAGUUACAAUGCUUGGUGUAAUCCCGAGUAUUGUUCGAACAUGGAAGAGUACAAACUCUGUUUCUGGCUAUGAUUGGUCCACCAUUCGUUGCUUUGGGUCCACCGGUGAAGCAUCAAAUGUUGACGAAUACCUAUGGCUGAUGGGGAGGGCUUGCUACAAGCCUAUCAUUGAGUAUUGUGGUGGUACAGAGAUUGGUGGUGGUUUUGUUUCUGGGUCAUUGUUGCAGGCUCAGUCGUUGGCUGCUUUUAGCACACCAGCUAUGGGCUGCAGUUUGUUUAUCCUUGGCAAUGAUGGUAUUCCCAUUCCACAAAAUGAACCAGGGGUUGGUGAAUUGGCGCUUGGUCCCCUUAUGUUUGGAGCUUCUGGUACAUUACUGAAUGCUGAUCAUUAUGAUGUUUAUUUUAAGGGAAUGCCAUUCUGGAAUGGGAAGGUUUUAAGGAGACAUGGGGAUGUGUUUGAACGGACAUCUAGAGGUUACUAUCAUGCCCAUGGUCGUGCAGAUGAUACAAUGAAUCUUGGAGGCAUCAAGGUUAGUUCAGUUGAGAUUGAACGAAUCUGCAAUGAAGUUGAUGGCGAUGUCCUCGAGACAGCUGCCAUCGGGGUCCCCCCUGCUGUAGGGGGUCCUGAGCAGCUGGUACUUGCUGUUGUAUUUAAGAAUUCAGAUAACCAAACUGCAGAUUUGAAUCGGUUGAGAACGUCCUUCAAUUCAGCUGUGCAGAAGAAACUAAAUCCGCUGUUCAAGGUUUCAAGAGUUGUGCCUCUCCCAUCUCUUCCAAGGACAGCAACAAAUAAGGUCAUGAGAAGGAUUUUGCGGCAGGAGUUUGCUCAACUUGACCAAAGUGCUAAGCUAUGACAAAUCAUUAAUUGAUGUACAAAGAUAUGCCAGGGAGACGAACAAAAUAUUGUUGCACAAUGUUUCAUCCCUCCGUACUUUGGGCCGCUAAUGGGCCACUUUGUUAAUUUCGGCAGUUAAUGGGACUCAAUUUUGUAAUUUGGGCCGCUAAUAAGCAACCUUUUGCAAUUUGGGCGUUUGAUGGGUCUCAAUUUUGUACUUUGGGCCACCAAUGGGUCUCAUUUCCACAAUUUGGACCGUUAAUCCUCAAUUUAGUCAUUUGAGUCGAUAAUGGGACUCGUUUCCACAAAUUGAGCUGUUAAUAGGACUCAAUUUUGUAAUUUAGGCGGCUAAUGGGCCGUUAGUGGGCCUCAAUCUUGUAAUUUGGGCUACUAAUGGGCCUAUUUUUUGCAAAACUUUGUGUCUCCUCCCGUUGCUAUUCUAGCUGCCGGAACAGUGGAGAGGUGGUUUGGGCUCAGUGGAGAGACAAGGAGGCCUUUGCACAGUUUUGCACCACAUAGAGCAUGCUGCAGUAACCAUUCUUGAUGGUUGGAAGGUAGCAAUUGUAAAUCAACAGGGGAGGCAGCUCCAAUCGCCAAAAUUUAUAAAUAACUAUAUCGGUAGAAGUAAUCAUAUUAGCUUGUGAUCAUUUGGUUUAUAAAUGGGACACACUCAAAGUAGUUAGUUGGAGUGCCGGAUUUUGGUUGGACUUUUCUGGUUCUCAGGUUCUUAGUUUGUCUAUAGUUAUUGACUUAAGUAACAAAGUUCUCAAAUCAGCUCACAUUAGUUUUGUAUUGGGUCAGUUAUCAUGAAAAAUAUUGUACAUGGCUUU